AUGCCGGCCACCGAGGAAAUGAACUUUGGCUUUCAGAGGGCUGACAUCCAUAAGCGCACAACUGAUCAUGAAGUGCGAGCACCAGAAAGACAAUCCGCUGAUUAUGGUUUGAAAAAGUCCGGCAUAACUGCCGUUCCUCUCCAGAUUCCGCUUGAAGGGGCAUCGCAUAUGGGCAGAAUGGAUGGACAGAAUAUAGGCUACGAUAUGAAAGACACCAAAGGAAUGAACUCUGGCUUUCAGAAGACAGACAUCCUUAAGCGCACAACUGACGAUGAACUGCGGGCACCAGAAGGACCGUUCGCUGAUUAUUUUUUCAAGGGAUCCAGUAUAAUCGCAGCCCCUCUCCAGAUUCCGCUUGAAGGGGCACCACAUGUGGGUAGCAGUGUUGUAGGUAAGGAAGACUAUGAGAUGCUCGCCACCGAGAAGAUGAACUUUGUCUUUCGGAAGACCGACGCUCCUAAGCGCACAACUGAUGAUGCACUGCGGGUUUCAGAAAGACCGUCUAUUGCGUAUAUUGUGGAUGAGUCCAACCUCAUCACCGCCCCUUCCGUGUAUCCACUUGCUGCCGAAACAUAUUAUGAUAUGGACAUUCGUAAUAACGCUAGGAAAGCCGGUGGUUUUCAAAAAUGUCCUCAAGCUUAUGCAGGUGUGUUUGGGGCCUCCCACUUAAUACCCCCGAAGAAUUAUCGUGGUCCGGAUAACACAGAAGUUUCUAACUCGAUGCUCGUCUCUGGGAGACGCCACGUUGUGGACAUGCGACGAGAAUCAGGCGGAUAUUCCUACGAUUUUGGAUACGACAGUAAACCCUUAUCAUCUGACCUACGGGGAUGUCCGCCCAAGUUGAAAAAGAAAACCACCGAUUCGGAGAAUUUGAAGAACAACUGGAACUUUCGCAGGACACACGCUCUAGGGCGACACACACAGGCGGAAAAAUCGGGCUUUAUUGACAUGGAAAAUUUUUAG